UUGGUGGGAGAGGGCGAGGAGCGGCAUGUCAUGGAGGAGCCUGACCCUGCCAUCUCCCCUGCGGUGCAUCGGGACCUGCAAACAGAUCUGAAAGUCUCGCCGGCUACUUGCUCUGGCCACUCUUUGCAACUUUCCCUGGGUACCAGCAGCGCCAGUAGCAACACCAGCAGCGGCUGCAAAAUCCAUAGGAGCUGUAGCACCAUCGCUUGCAACAACAUUAGGGGCAACAUCAGCAACGGUAACAGCAGCAAGGGCAACAAUAGCAGCUGUAACAGUAACAAAAACUGCAGCCCCACCACUUGCAACACCAGCUGCUGCAACGGCAGCCUUAACGGCGACACCGGCAAAAACUGCAACGCCAGCGGCCACGGUAACAGCAGCAACAACUGCAACACCAGCGGCCACGGCAACAGCAGCGCCUGCAAGGCGAGCUGUAAUUCCGAGUCUGGCGACGAGAAGAAAGUUUGCGAGCUGUCCCGCCAGCCCGACGCCUCGAACCCUGAGAAGGAGGUGCUGGUCAGUGCCGUCAGCCGCCAGAGCAAUGAGCUGAGGUUGAACCGCCGCCGCACCAAGUCGCUGCCCUGCCUGCACGACCCCUCCGACUUCUUCAGCGAAUUCAAUGGGGGACUGCGCAAGAAGGUGAAGUUCGCCGAUUCGUUGGGGCUCAGCCUGGCCAGCGUCAAGCACUUCCGAGCCAGCGACGAGCCUUACAUCCCAUCCAAGGUCUUCCUGCGACUCCAGAGCUUUCCGGCCAUCGUGGACGACCUGAACGAGAAGUUCAAGGCGUUGGGCAUUCACUGCUUGAGACCAGCCUUCUCUAUGCCUUGCGAGGCCAGCGACUUCAUGCAGAGAGCUGAGAGGAACCGUGUCUGCCUGGAGAAUGUAACUGUCAGCCACUUUGACGUGCACGGGUUGAUCAGGGUUUUGAAUGUCUCUUAUGUCAAGGAGGUGACUGUCCGCUAUACUUUCAACAAUUGGCUUUCCUGCAUGGACACACCUGCCAAAUAUGUGGAAGGGUCGAGCCACUCGGGUACUGACCAGUUCUCUUUCGACCUGUCCAUCCCACCUUUCUUGGACCAGGGCUCUUUUGUCCACUUCGCUAUCUGCUACAGGGCAGACAACGAGGAGUACUGGGACAAUAACUUCGACAAGAAUUAUUCUCUGCAGUGCGAAUCCACGUCAGAUGAACACGCCAACAGUUAGGAUCUUCUUGAAACGCACACAUUUGCAUAUGUCCUCUAUUAAAGAGGUGCCAUCUCUCCUUUAGUUUCAUGACAAGCCGCGGGUUUAAAAAAAAAGCACGAGGCGUCAAACUUGCCCAACGAAGUGUAUUAUUAUAUGUUCCAGUCUUAAGAUAGAGUUUGAGGUAUGCUAUUGACAGUACAAUUAUUGAAGAAAAUUAAAGAGGCAAUGGCAUCACAAAUAUCUGACUUACGAUCAAAAGAUUCUACUGUGCACCAAACAAGUGGCCGAACUGACAAUGUAAAUGUCAGUAUGCAGACCUGUUAAUAAGAUAACUUUGGACUUUUUAAAGCCCUUUUGUCCAUCCUCCAACUUUUUGAUGUUACAUUUGCUUUUUAAGGAGGAAUUUAAGCGAGACUACAACAUCCCUCACCCAGGAGCUGGGAUGCAGAAUCUGCUGUGGGUCCUAUCCAAAGCCACUCUCAUCAGCUGCUAGUAAGUUGUAGAGAGCAGGCUGGUUUCAUAUGAGACCUGAAUUACCACUAAACCCUCCCAACCCACAGAAGUGCUGUGAUUGCAGGUAGAAAAUCACAUCCUACUGCUUUGCAACCGUUAUGUAUAGAGUAUUAUUGCAGUGCCUUACAGUAUGCCCAAUACCAAAAAGACAACUUAAAGAAGUUGUGAUCUCAAAUUAAAGAUUUUUUAUAUAUGGACAGAUUUGAUUAACUGUCCAAAAAUGAAUUGUGCACUUGACCUUUGCUCCGAAAUAUGACUGCUCAAGAGUUUUUAUUGAUCUGAGAAUCAUAGGCUAUACAGAAAAUUAUAACAUAAUGCACUUAGUAAUUGAUGAGGACUAAAUUAGUCAUCCUGUAACUAGACGUCAGUUCACACAGUGAAAACCACAGCUUUUUGCCAGGUUUGUUCAGGAGGAGUUGGUUUACAUCUACAUAUCCCUGACUAAAAUGCUUUAAAUCAUUGGUGACUGUAAAUGUCUAGAAAACUGAUUGUACCACUGGAACUAUGUAUUGUUUAUGGAAUGUACUUGCAGUCAGAAUAAAAUAGAAAACUUUAUUUACUAAGGUAUGCAAAUAGAACAGAGAACGUUCUCUAAACAUGACAUCAAAAUGAAUUUUG